AUGGGACAUGAGGAGCAUGGAGGGACUUGGCACAUGGAAGCAGCUCAACUGGAUACGCAAAGGAAGAAGGGAGAAGCCAUCUUGAAGACCAGCUCGACCGUCUACUCGACCAACCGGUCGAGUUCCUCAACUCGACCGGCCAAGCUUCAACUCGAUCGAGCUGGAAGCGACUCCCCACACGAAGUGAUGGCAUUCGCUGGAAAAGAUCCACUAAGAGCUCCAAUAUCUCUUGCUCUAGAAAUAGAGGUUGAUCCACCCUUAGAGGUUCCGUUAGGCACUGUUCGGUGUCGGAUUCGCCUUAAUGAUCACAAGAACUUUGGUAUGAUAUGUGGAAUGAUGGUAGUGAUGGAAUGCAAGUGUGGUGAGGUGGGAUGGGUGAGAUGCAGAUGGAAUGAGAUGGGAUGGUGUGUUGGGCGGCUUGAGAGGACAUGGGCGAGCGUGGAGAGGUUCUGCUCGGCCAUCUAA